AUGAUUGCACGGUAUUCGAAACUACGUCCAGAGUCACAAAGGCCUGCAGGGGAAUGUAUUCGGCUAAGAGCUCGACAUGGUGGACAAUGGGAGGAGUCCACCUGUACAGAGCAGCGUCGACAUAUCUGCCAACGCCCUAAAGACGCUCGAUGUUCUUGGAACCAUUAUGGACAAUCCUUCUAUCGUUUUCUGGGUGCUAGAAAAUCCUUUGCUGCAGCCAAGAAUGAUUGUAUGAGAAGCGGUGGAAGAUUGGCGAUUAUCAAAUCAACAGAAUUAAACGCAUUUCUAACAUCUAUUUUAUCACCUGCCCUUUCAUCUCCUCAUUGUUACUGGUUUGGUCUGAAUCAAAGUUCAGAUAAUGGUCCGUUUAACUGGGAAGAUGGUACUCAAAUGACCAACCCUAUGUGGGUUUUCGGGGAGCCAUCUAAUUCUACAGGACGGUCAUGUGGAUGUCUGAGCUCUGAUGGUAACGAUGGUGACAAUCAUGGUCGAUGGGCAAGCGUGAAUUGUACACAUAGGCUGCCUUACAUCUGCGAAAGGCCACAAGUCCCAAUUAUUGGUGAAUGGAUAGUUCUUCCAUCACUACCAAGCGUUCAGUAUUACUUUUCUUCAUUUUCAACUAACUAUUUCAACGCAAGCGAAUAUUGUCAACAAAUAGGUGGACAGCUGGCGCAGUUGAAAACACGACAUAUUUACUUACUAAUGGUAGAUGAAUUCGGAAACCGUGGAGUCAAAAGUUUUUGGUUUGGCCUUGAUGAUCUGAGCAAGGAAGGCGAUUUCCGAUGGAGUGACGGGACAUUGUUACGAAAAACAGGAUUCUCUAAAUGGCAUAGCGAUAACCCAGAUAACCUUCACGGGUGGGAACAUUGUGUUGAAUAUAAUUAUGACCAAGGAGAAGGUUGGAAUGACCUUCCCUGCGGGCGUCUACGAAAGUUUAUCUGCGAGAAAAAAAAAGUACCGCCUCUACAUCUUCUUGUCAUGACUGCAUCACCUUUUGGGAGCAUCGGGACGGCUCCAAGUUUCUCUUGCAUUCUUUCACCUGACAACGCAAAUGAUACAAUAACGUACACUGAGAGAGUAGUACAACCAAGCCUUACUACUGAAGGAUAUUCACUUGAGGUACCGGGGACGAACACAUCUCGAGUUGGCGGCUUUAUACAAGAGCUACCUGAUGACAUGACGUCUGUAGGCGUUUAUAGAUGCACUAGUACUAGUACCUCUCCAAUCACCGGUACUUCAACAUCAGCAGAUGUUACAAUACUCUCACAUGAAAGACAUUUUCAACCAAGAGACGGUCGCCUUACCAAAACAAUUUAUCCAGGUGACGACAUCACGCUCUCAGUGUCUACCACUGAUAGGUAUUCAGCAGGGCCGGAUGAAAUCCGUUGGAGCACUUUCUCAAACUUUGCUGAAGGAUCUUUGUCUCCAGAGGGAGAUGGAAAUCUGACCUAUACUAUUCAUUCAGCAACUAAGAAGAAUGCAGAUAUCUACGGAACAUUCCAAAAUAAUACAGUGAACAACCGUCUCUACAGCUUGAUUCGUGUCAUAGUUAGUGAUUGUCCCCGUGGCCGAUGGAACCUACCGUUAUGUGAUCGUAUGUGUGAUAACUGCUACAAUGGAGGAAUCUGUCAUCCUCAAUCAGGAGCGUGUAUCUGUCCUCCAGGAUUCAGGGGCAAGAAUUGCCUCACCGCAUGCGGCAAGCAUCGUUUUGGAUGGGAGUGUGAACUCGAAUGUGGUCCUGGGAACGUUCUGGAUGCUUGCAGCGGAAGUCAAAUCUGUCUACCCGAUCCCUACGGAUGCAACUGUCUCUCUGGUUAUACAGGAAUAUACUGCGAUGAACAAUGUAGUCCUGGUAAGUAUGGCGUUGACUGUCUUCAAGAUUGUCACUGUGAUGGAGGGAAACCAUGCGAUGCUUUCACUGGAAGAUGUGAAGAAAAAUCCCCCUUUGGUCUAAUCGUUGGUGGCGCUGUAGGUGGAAUAAUCAUCUUUCUGUUAAUUGUUGGCCUGGUAAUCAUAAUAUUCAAAAGAAGAAGAAAUCGAUCCGACGCAGUUUCCAAACCUGUGACUUGCAACACCGAUGGAUUCAUUCUGAGCAUUUCCACUGGUAUGGUAACGCCAGAUCAUUCUUAUCGAAAUAAGUUACGAAAUAGAUAUAAUUUCUUACUCAGAAUCACUCCUAAUUCUCCUUUCCGAUGUGAUUUUAUAGGGUCCCUAUUGAACCUUCCAAAUAAAGCACUAUAUUUUUCAUUUCAACCGCAUUCUAAAGAUAAAAACAGAGAGGCAAAAGAUCAAUUCCCGCAGUAUGGAGAUCCAGGACCUAGUCAAUCAAUGAAACCUUCAGAGCAAACCCCUUUAGUGGACCUACCAACUCCUCGAGAAGGUUUAGAUGAGGAUUACCAUGAUUACGAAGUAAUAAGAACUGCAGUAGAGGAAUCUGUAAAGGACAAGCCAGAAGAUCGCCGUUUCCCAGUACCUGUCUCAGAGUUUAUCACCUUUGUUGAGAGCAAUAGGCUCACUGACAUGUUCUCUGAGGAGUUCCUCACCCUAGCAAGGAUUUGUCCUGACCCUUCAGCAUUGUUGGUAAGAACUGGUUUGGAGAAAUGCAACCGGUCAAAGAGUCGUAAUGCCAACAGCCAUCCAUUUGACCGGAACCGAGUAAUCCUGGAGUCUCAAGGCUCUUCAGGGUCAAACUUCAUCGAUGCCAGCUAUGUUAAGGGUAAUCGAUGCAGGUUCAUAACCACACAGAUGCCCAUGCCUAACACAGUCGCUGAUUUCUGGGACGUGGUUUUUUACAAUCAACCCUCCGUAAUCAUCAUGCUUAAUGAUGUUGACAGACGUGACAUGUGUUAUGCACAAUACUGGCUGGACGAUGGUGUUGCUACUUUUGGAUCUUUCUCUGUCACUACAUUGUCUGUCACUGAGAAAGGAGGGCUGAUAGAAAGGAAGAUGGAAGUGACCAGCAAUAAAUCAAAGACUUGUCAUCUGGUGAAGCAGUAUCAGUUCCUCGACUGGCCAACAGAGGCAGGGCAACUAAAGAACCGAGCCCUUCAACUAAUCAAUCUGAUGGCAAAAGUGGAGGACGCUUUUAAAAGAGCUCCAGAGGGGUUUCCAGUUCUUGUUCAUUGCAUCAAUGGGGUUGGACGAACAGGUGUCUUCUGUAGCACGCUUGAGUGCAUUGCACAAGUAAACGAAGAGGGUGCUGUGGAUGUCUUUAAAGUGGUGAAGAUGCUUAGAAAUGAAAGGAUGCAUUUUGUACAAACCAAGGAAGAAUAUUUGCUCAUCUACGAGCUUAUUAAAGAAUACCUUCGUGAAAUUGAAAAUUACAUACAAGUGCUACCGUGACCGAGUGAAUCCUCAGCAGACGUCGACUCGAGGUGCCAUCGGUGAAAGUGAUCAUGUCUCCCGGUCAUGUCUAUACACAACUCUAAAACGGCGCCACCGAUAUCAAACUAGCGUGUACCCAGUACGCAUAUUACCAACAGGAAAGGACUCUUCCAACUAACGAAUCAAAAUCAGGGGCGUAACAGGGAUCGGGGGGGGGGGGGCAAGAGUAAAAAAAUUCCUGGUCAUAAUCAUGGCAUGAACAGGCAGUGUGUAAUGAGGCAAAAUUUUGAGGAGGGGGGGGGGCAGAAUACAAAUAAAAGUUGCGAGAGAGCCAAAAUUUUGACAUUUUUAUUACAGAAACCAUAUUUAUGAGACAGAUUUCGACAUAGUAUUCAGAAAACCAUAUCAUUUUCAUCCUUCUCUCUUUCCUUUUCUUUCCUUGUUUAUUUUAUUUUUAUUGUCUUUACGCCACUGUGAAUUGGAUUAACUGCAUAGUUUCUUAACAUUUACUCAUUAUAAGUCAGUGUUCCAGAAAUUAACUGUAUACGAUCUAAAACAGUCAACUUUUAAUGAAAAUUGAUUUCAUUCACCGUCAUGUUUACCUGUUUUUUUAUUUGAAAUUAUUCUUAUAUUUCAAAAAAUAAAUAACGAAAUAUGAAGACAAUAAAAACAAUACGUUUGAUUAUGACAUAACAUAUAGUGUGGCAAAGUAAUUCAGUAUAAAAAUACAAAUAGAAUACUUGUAUAAGAAUUUCAAUAAAUGAGUGUGGAAUAUGAAGGAACCUGUAAAAAUCUGUGGAAGCAAAAAUAAACUCGUGAAAUGGGGGACAAUUAUUGACGGAAUUAUUGUGGUGUCUAAGAUGGGAAGCAGUGAUUUACAGGUAUGUGGUAAGGAGAUGAGGCACCCCCCCCCCCUCUUAAAAUAAAUAAAAAAAAAUAACGAAAUAUGAAGACAAUAAAAACAAUACGUUUGAUUAUGACAUAACAUAUAGUGUGGCAAAGUAAUUCAGUAUAAAAAUACAAAUAGAAUACUUGUAUAAGAAUUUCAAUAAAUGAGUGUGGAAUAUGAAGGAACCUGUAAAAAUCUGUGGAAGCAAAAAUAAACUCGUGAAAUGGGGGACAAUUAUUGACGGAAUUAUUGUGGUGUCUAAGAUGGGAAGCAGUGAUUUACAGGUAUGUGGUAAGGAGAUGAGGCACCCCCCCCCCCCUCUUAAGAUGAAAUAAUAAUAAAUGAAUAAAUAAAUGGUCUCAAAGUGCGUAGAACCUCAAACCGUACGUGAUGUUCGCGUUCUUAUAAUUCCUUCGAAACUCUUCUGUAGGCACGGUAAUCAUCAUCAAGAAGGUCAAGAGACAAAUAGCAUUUGUAUUAGUACGUUCGCACUCUUUCCUCUUGUUAUGUAUCAUAGAGUAAUAAUGAUAAUUAACAUUAUUUGUAUAGCACUUAUAACAGCACCUGAUGUAUUAUCAUGAUUACUGUAUCGCACUAUGCAAAGGAUCAUUCGAUCAUCAUUAAAGAUGUUCAUCCAAAUUAAUUUGUCCUUUGAUUCAGCUUCAAACCUCUCGAUCUAGUUUUGAUGGCGCUUGAAUCUUUAGACUAUUGAGAUCAGGCUGCCAAUAUCAUUCCCCCCAAAAAAAGAGAAGAAAAAACUACAAAAAACACAGCGAA